UUUGGGAGAUAUUUAUUUUAUCCAUACUUUAGAAGUCCAGCCAUGGAAAGAGCCACUUCUCCCCUCCUUUUUCUUCUCUGCUCCAUGCCAAAGCAGUAAAGGAGCAGCAAUGAGCAUUCUUUUGGGACUUGAAAUAUCAAUCCCCACCAACAAUAACACUCUCUUAUUCUCUUUCAAUGACAAACUACUCCCAACAACCUUCAAAAUCCGUCUUUUAUCUUCUCCCUCUCAUUUCCCCUUCCAACUCGGGCCAAGAAGGAGGAGAAGAAAGCAAAGCCACAGCUUCCCUCCCUCCAAAAAUCUACUCUUUAAUCCCAGUCUUCAAGCGAGUAGUAUAGCUAAUGCUCAGGUUGAAGAACAAGCAGAGGUUGAAGUUGCAGAAGGCUAUACAGUAACCCAACUUUGUGAUAAAAUAAUUGAUGUCUUUUUGAAUGAGAAACCCAGAGUAAAAGAAUGGAAAAAGUACUUGAUACUAAGGGAAGAGUGGAAUAAGUAUAGGGAAAGCUUCUAUAAUCAAUGUCGAACCCGGGCUGACAAGGAGAUUGACCCAACUAUGAAGCAAAAGUUAAUUUCUCUGGAAAGCAGGGUGAAGAAGAUUGAUGAUGAAAUGGACAGACACAGUGAACUUCUCAAGGAGAUACAAGAUAGCCCCACAGAUAUAAAUGCAAUUAUUACAAGGCGACGUAAAGACUUCACGGAUGAAUUUUUCCGCUACCUCGCUCUGGUUUCAGAAACCUAUGAUGGUCUGGAGGACCGUGAUGGUGUAGCUAGACUGGCCGCAAGAUGCUUGUCUGCUGUUGGUGCUUAUGAUAAGACACUGGAGGCUGUGGAGAAUUUAGAUGCUGCCCAGGCAAAAUUUGAUGAUAUACUAAAUUCUCCUUCUGUGGAUGUGGCAUGUGAAAAGAUCAAAAGCCUUGCCAAGGCAAAGGAACUUGACUCUUCAUUGAUUCUAUUGAUAAAUAGUGCAUGGGCUUCAGCAAAGGAGUCCACCACUAUGAAGAACGAGGUUAGAGACAUCAUGUAUCGCUUAUACAAAGCCACAAAGAGCAGUCUUAGGAGUAUUGCACCAAAAGAGAUAAAGUUGCUCAAGCAUCUGCUAAACAUCACGGACCCUGAAGAGAGAUUUUCUGCAUUAGCAACAGCUUUCUCUCCAGGGGACGAACAUGAAGCCAAGGAUCCUAAUGCUUUAUACACUACUCCAAAAGAGCUGAAUAAGUGGAUUAAGAUCUUGCUGGAUGCAUACUCUCUGAAUAAGGAGGAGACUGACAUCAAAGAAGCUAAAAAGAUGACUCAACCUAUAGUUAUACAAAGGCUGUUCAUCCUCAAGGAAACAAUUGAAGAAGAGUACUUGGAUCAAAGGACAACAGUAACAGAGCAUACGGAGGAUAAAAUGGAAUCGGAAGAGUUCUAAACUAUAACCUAUGUUCAUCAAUAUACAUGAGGACCAUCUAGCAACCACCUGACAUGUUUUUCUGCUAGAAAAAGAAAUUAGGUUUCAAUGGCGAAUCUUAGAAUGUGACUCAUUCAUAGCUUAUACUAUGGCCACAGACAAGUUAUGGAUCUUUAUGCUGUAUUUGAUAAGGAGUGGCAAUGUGGGAGGAUAUUACCUCUUUGAGCUACCGGGUACGAAAUGAGGUGGCAUAAUUCAACUAUUAGAUGAAGAAAACUUUCAUUGUUAUCUUGUUAUCCAUUAAUAUCAAAUGCACUGUUAAUUUUGUCA